AUGGCGAGUGUCGGUCGUCCCCCUGUAUCUGUAGCAUCUCGAAAAUCAUCGCGUCAUUUCAAGGCCUACUUGGGCCGAUUCGCCGUGCAGGGCUCGAAGCGCUUCCGCCUCCCCGCGCUCCCCCACGGCGUUCCGCUUCCGCCGGGCGCCCACUCCGCGGACUGCUGCGCGGAGUGCCAGCAGCGCGCGGAUUGCGCCUACUGGAACUUCCUGCUCCGCUCCCGCCGCUGCCUGCUCUUCGCUGCUGACGUGUGCUCCGCGGACGGGCCGGCGGUGUUCCUUCCCGGCGACGAGAACGCCUUCGUCGGAACUCGGUACUGCAACGCAACGAAGUCUGUAACGCGUACAACGCCCAACACCGCUGAUACCACGCAAGACGACAGCACAACCUCCGAGAGCGCGCUGUCCGUUUUCGAGGACGCUACUGACGGGGACGAGCAGGAGGCGGUGGAGGGGCAGGCGGAGGAGAGAGCAGAAGCGGAGGAGGAGCAUGAUGCGCACGUGAAGGGCGUGUUCGAAGCGGACAUGGCGAGAAUGCAAGCGGAGGAGGCCGAAGAGUUGAAGAUCGUUGAAGCAGCGUCUCAGGCGAAGCAGCAGCAACAACAGCAGGCAGAGGGGGCGUAUCAGAACAACCCUGAGGCCAUGGCUGCUUUGGAGCUGGAAGCCAUGCAACACGAUGAGCAGAUGGAGCAGAACCAGCUGCAGCAGCAACAGCAGCAGGAGCAGCAGCAGCAGCAGCAGCAGCAGCAGCAGCCGGAGCAAAACGAACAGCAAGAGCAGCGGGAGCAGCCUCAUGGCGUCGAAGUCUUUGAGCUUUUCGAGCUGCAGCAGGAGAACCCUGAGCCUUUUCAGGAGAAUUCUCAGGUGAUGCAGCAGAUUGAGAAGGAGGGCGUGGCAGUGCAACAGGCAGGACAGGGCUCCGCCAUUCAAGGCAUGGAAGCCUUUGAGGAGGAGAAUGAGGGGGAGGUACAAAAGGGAGAGAAGGAAGAGGAGGGGGAGAAUGAAGAGGAGAGUGAGAAGGAAGAGGCAGCUCGAGCUGCAGCAGUGAAAGAGAUGGAGGAGGAGGAGAUCCCCAUCCGCCUCGUGUCCUUCUCGCUUGUCGACGCCAGCUCUCAACUCACAAGUCGAGCAGCAGCCAUGGAAGCAGAGGAGGCGAAGCGAGAAAGAAUCGCCGAGCAGGCCGCGUGGAGAGACCUGGAGCAGCAGGAGAUUCCGGCGAAACUGACCUCAUAUGAAAUGUUGGAUGCUGAUUCUCUUGCCGCUAACCAAGCAGCGGCAAUGGAAGAAGAGGCGGCGGAGAGGCAGGCAGACGCAACUGCAGUCGCACUGAAAGACCUGGAGGAGCAGGAGACCCCUGUGAGGCUGGUAUCAUACGAGAUGGUGGAUGCCAGUUCUCUGGCUGACAGGCAAGCAGAUGCAAUGGAGGAGGCGGCGGCGGAGAGGCAGGAGAGCGAGAGAACGGCAGUGCUGAGGCAGCUAGAGGAGCAGGAGAUUCCAGUGCGGCUUAACCUGAGAGGGCACUCUGCCUUCCACACAUCGUCCUGA